CCUUCUGCUUUUGUUCUCUUCCUUUGUUGUUGUUCUUCUUUUGAGGAAUAAAAGGAGGGAAAAAAGUAAAUAAACAAAAGAACAGAGUUGUCAUAUGGAGGGAAAUAUAAGUAAUGUGAUCAAAUAUUGGAUUGAAGGAGAAAUUGAAACUUUUAUUAAGGUAUGGUUAUCAAUUUAUGCAUCACUAUGUUACUGUUAUUUAGUUACUAAAAUUAUUCCAAAAGGUUUAUUUAGGCUCUUAUCUUUUCUCCCUAUGAUUUGUAUUUUCCUAUAUCUCCCUCUCAAAAUUAACUCUGUUCAUCUCUGUGGUAACACUGCUUUUUUCAUUUCUUGGCUUUGUAAUUUUAAGCUUCUUCUCCUUGCUUUUGACCAAGGUCCACUUUUUGAUUCUUCACUUUCUAUCACUAAAUUUCUAAUCCUUGCUUGCCUCCCCAUCAAGAUUCAGCAAAAAUCCCAAGAAAAAACUGAAUUUUAUGUGCAAAAUGGGGUUAAUAGAGGUAAACUUCAUCAAAAUGGCCAUUUUCGUAAAACCCCAUCAACAAAGUCAGCUGAAAAAGUUUCUGGUGUACAAACAAGAAAGGAUUUUGGCAAAAAUGACCAUUUUCAAGAAACCCCAUCAACAAAGUCAGCUGAAAAAAUUUCUGGUAUACAAACAAGAAAGGGUUUUCACAAAAAUGGGCAUUUUCAAGAAACCCCAUCAACAAAGUCAGCUGAAAAAAUUUCUGGUAUACAAACAAGAAAGGGUUUUCACAAAAAUGGGCAUUUUCAAGAAACCCCAUCAACAAAUUCAGCUGAAAAAAUUUCUAGUGUACAAACAAGAAAGGAUUUUGACAAAAAUGGCCAUUUUCAAGAAACACCAGCUCUCAACUCAGCUGCUAAAAGUGAAACUAACCCUUUUCAAGAUGAUCAUUUUCAUGAAACCCCGUCUCAAAAAUCAGCUGAAAAAUGUAUUGGUGUUCAAAAUGGGAAGUAUAGUCAUCAAAAUGGCCAUUUGCAAAAAAAGCCAUUUCCGUCUUCUGGAAGAUCCAAGUCAGUUCUGAAUUAUGGCAUAAAGGCACUUCUUUUUGCCUUAAUUAUUAUAGUGUAUGACUACAGUGACUACAUACAUCCCUAUAUCAUUUUGGUUAUUUAUUGCUUCCACAUAUACCUUUGCUUAGAAAUCAUUCUAGCCAUUGUUUCGGGCUUGGCCCGUGGGCUUCUCGGGCUUGAGCUCGAACCACAGUUCAAUGAACCAUAUUUAUCUACCUCACUACAAGAUUUUUGGGGCCGGCGUUGGAAUCUCAUUGUCACUAAUAUCCUUCGCCCCACGGUAUACAAUCCAACUUUAAGCCUCUCUACAAACAUUUUGGGCCGGAAGUGGGCCCCACUUCCCGCCGUGAUGACAACGUUCGUUGUAUCGGGCCUAAUGCACGAGCUGAUAUUUUACUAUUUGGGCCGGGUUAGGCCCACUUGGGAAAUCACCUGGUUCUUUUUGCUACAUGGAAUGUGUUUAAACAUUGAGAUUUGUGUUAAGAAGGUGAUUAGUGACAGGUUUAAGCUGCCAAAGAUUAUUGGGACGAUCUGGACCGUUGGAUUUGUUAUGAUCACGGGUUUCUGGCUGUUCUUUCCUCAGUUGUUAAGGUGUAAUUCUGAUGUUCGAGCAUUUAAGGAGUACGAAGCUAUUGGUGCAUUUUUUAAGGAUGUUACAAAGGCUGUGAAUUUAACAUUUUUGAGAUAAUCCCUCAACCAGGGGCGGAUUUAGGGGGCGCAAGGGUGUUCGCCGAAAAAUUAUAUUGUAUAUAUAAGGCAAAAUCUGUUUUUUAUUUCUAUAUAUUAAGUUUUUUGAACACCUAUAACACAAUCCAAAAUUGUAGUUUAGUGAUCAAGGGGUUCAAAAUUUAUAUAAGGUCAUGAGUUCAAUUCCCACUA